AUUCAUCUCAAUAUCUCGAACUUGACGCAAAUACUCACAGAGAAACCUACUAUCCAUUACGAACUUAAUACCUUUUUAAAGAUUGGGCGUGAUUACCCUUGCGCAGGUCUCAGAUUUAUUACGCUAUCCCGCUCGCUACAAAACUCCUAGAUUCACUGAAUGCCGUAUUGGAUAAUCAGACGCAUUAUCUCUCGCUUUUUUAAGGAUAUCAUUUAACGGAGAAACGGUGCAGCUGCCUGCUGAACAGGUGGGGGAUAUAAUGAAGAGGACUGGGAGCCUAGCCUGGAGCUUGCUCCAGAGUAAAACAUAUGCACCGCA